AGCAGCCUGAACGUGAAAAGCAGCUCUCCAAGUGUAAAAAGCAAAUGUCUUUGUUAAGCUGCGCUGACUUCACACACACACACACACACACACACACACAAACAUCAAACCGUCAAAACACCCCGGAGUGUGGAGUCAUUUUACCAGCAUACAAUCGAUUGCAUAUAGGACCACUACCGCAUGCAUUUGGAUGUGGACCGAAAGGGAAUAGCACGAUACAUUCCAGCCUUAUCAUGACCCUUUGCAGGCUCGGGCUACCUAUUCCGGUUGUACACGCACUAUGAGCUGGGGUUGAAUUUUCACCAGCUCCUCAUUCUGCUAUUGAAAUAUGAACUUGUCAUAACUACGUUAUUUACCCAAACAGCGGAGACUGUGGGCACAAUUGUAAACUAUUGUAAUGGCAGGGUGUGGGAGGGGGUGGGGAUGGAAUAUCCAUUUUAUUGCAUCACCUGUCAGCGGCGUCCAAUGGGCGUCGACUCCGAGGGCAUUAAUUGAUGAAGGUGUCUCCAGACUGGCGCACCUCCCCUCUCUGUCAUUUUAUUUGUGGCUCAACCAGCAGCCAGAAUAGCAGCUGCAUUUUAGCUCUUAUUCUGUUUCUCUCUGUCUCUGACUCUCUCACUCUCUUUCUCCCUCCCCUCCACCCUCACAACUCCCUCUCCCUCCCUCCCUCUCUCUCUCUCUGUCUCUCUCUCCCUCUCUCUCUCUUCUCCCUAUUUUAUCCCUCUGGCUGAGGCAGUGGUGUACACCUACCCCUCGUCCUGCUGCCGUCCAGAGGGGAGUGGAGCCGGCAGAGGCAGGUAGCAGCAGCCCCGGCUUGGUGGACGCAUCCGUCGCAUUCCUCCACCAUGCCGGACCGGGGCAAGGGGCGACGAGUGGAUGCUGUCGGCUCAUUGCACCUAUUAGACACCGGCAGCUCCAUUUAACUCCGCAUGUCAAAGUUUACAUUUUCAUGACGCAGCAGCAGCAGUGUGGAUGGAUUAAAGGUAUGAGCAGGAUGUCUUGAGCUCGCGACCCCACGCCAUGCACUGGUAAAUCCAUAAUAUACUGAGAGUGACUACAUGGAUUAAUACAUUGGAGCGGAUAUAUAAAACAUGGGAGACCUGGAGUGUGGUUUUGAGGAAAUGCAAGGAGUGAGAUUGGGAUACCUGCUCAUCAAAGGCAAGCAAAUGUUUGCUUUGUCUCAGGUCUUCACCGACCUGCUGAAGAACAUCCCUCGGACCACGGUGCACAAGCGCAUGGACCACCUGAAAGUGCAGAAGCACCACUGCGACCUGGAGGAGCUGCGGAAGCUCAAAGCAAUAAACUCUAUAGCUUUCCACGCCGCUAAAUGCACCCUCAUAUCGCGGGAGGACGUGGAGGCUCUGUAUUUCUCCUGCAAGACCGAGCGGGUGUUGAAGUCCAACAAAAGGAAAGCGAAAGCUGCGUGUUCCCCCGGGGGUGUCGACGCGUCCUCCGUGGGGCUCCUCCGUGCCGACGCCGAGCUGUGGAAGGAAAAAGUUUGGUUUAGUUUGCACGGCGUCCCGGAGACUCUCACGCUUCACAACAAAACGGGCAGGCGGAGAGAGCUGACUCCUUGCCUUACCGACUCCAAACUACCUCAAUUUUACCACAAAACCCACGGGCGGGAAUACCGUUCGGUGACUAAGUCCAGUCACAAACACUUUAAAAACUAUGAAACAGCGAAAAUAACAGGGAACCGCGUUACUUUGAGCCAAAGGCACUCGUUUUUCCGAAGCGCGGUGAGCCGGCAGCCGGUGGUGCUUCAGUCCGCCAUAGCUGCUCAGUCCAGGCUCUCGCGCUCAGCCGGCGACCUACUUCACAAAAGGAAGAGGAGGCGCGAGGGGGGCGGCGGCAGGGACAGCGCGAAGCACUCGUGGAGCAGGAGCAGACACGCGCACCACCACGCACCACCGGUGCUGCUCGUGCAACCCAAAUCAUCCGGCAGUCACGGAACUUCUUUCGGUGCUCUCCACCUCGGUCCGGAUUUCUAUCUCGACCCCAGACCUCACCAUCAUCACCACCACCAGCAUCACCAUCAUCACCACCACCACCACCACCAGGAGCCGAGUUUCCCGGAGAGCUACAGCAGCGACACCGAGUCCAGCACCUACUCGGACCGGGCGUACCCGGACUCGGACUUCGGCUCCGGCUUCUCCACCAGCAGCAACUCCGGCAGCUCGGAGGAGGAAGAGGAGGAGGGCGAGGAUGAAGAUGACACGCAGUCGGAGAGUUCAGAGGUCAGCUCGGAGGAGGAAGAGAGCUCGUCUCAAUCCGACUCCAGCUCAGUUUCGAGCCGGGUUUCGGUCCAGAGCAUCCGGUUCAGGCGGGCCAGGGUUGGCUCUCUCGCCAAAAGUCUCAACACUAGUAAAGCACCUUUGGUCCUGCAGCCCACGUUUCACUACAACAACCAGCAGCAACAAGAGAAACAACACAGGACGCUGUGCCAUGUUGCCACAGGGGACAGUCGACAGGAGAAACGGCAAAAAUGUGAAUUCAUUUGCAGUGAAACCAGAAAGGACUUGGGACCUUUACAGCCACCUAAAUUUAACUCAGCCGUCGUUGGGGAGAGCUUUUUCACUGAGUCCAAAAGGGAGAAGGCGUCUGAGGCCGAGCCAAGCAGGGCUGACUCCGUGCCUGAGCUGCCCUCUUCUUACUCGCCCGGACUCAACCGGGGCAAGGCCUUUCACCCCUCACGCAGGGCAUCGGGGUAUCCCAGCAAAUGCUCCCCGGGACUGAGCGCGCAGUGUGACCAGGACAAGGCCCCCAGAUGCGCCGACAAAAGGGAGGCGAAAGCCACCGGCCUGAAGCUGCCCAGUCCACUGAAAAAAAUAAAGACCGAGGCGGAGGAGCCCUGCGUGACCGCCGCCCCCUACUCGGACGGCGGCAGGACAGCCAGGACGCCACCCUUCAACCUCCACAAUGUGAAAAUUAAAAUGGAGGAAAGCUGUGAUGAAUAUGAGUACCAGAACCAGACCAUUGUAGUUAAAUGUAAAGGGGAUAGGGCAGAUUGUGGCAAUGGGCAGUGUCCCAGCGGAACCAUCAAGCAAGGGGAGUUUUUCAGCAGUGGGAUUAAAGCCACAGAGAGGGGCCCCGAUGUGGCCCCCAUGUCCCCGUGUGGCCCUCAGGAAUGCAGGAGCACCCAGGACACCCCAUGCAUCGAGGAGGGGGAGCUCAGGAACAAGAACUGCAGGGCUCCGGUGCUGGGGAAUAAGAAACCCAGAGUUUCCAGGACUCAAACAAAACAAAACGUGCCCAGGGUCAACAAGGCUGCCUCCACCUCCUCUUCCUCUUCCUCCUCCUCCUCCUCUUCUUCUUCUACUUCUUCUUCUUCUCGUCCCGUGGGCUGCGAGGAAGCAUCCGCGGAGGAUUUGCCGAGCAGACGCAAACGCAGCAUCGCCGCUGCGUCGCCCGCAAAAACGCCUUUCAGCCUGAUGGCAAAUUUCCCAUCCCCGCCGUCGCUCGUUGUUGGCAGCGACGGGGAUUUGUGCCCCGCUUACUCCCUGAACUCGCUGAGGGGCCCCGGGCCUCCCCCUCCGUCCCACCCCGUGUGGAGGUGGCAGCCAGGCGGCCAGAUUCUCCCUCCCCCACACGCUCAGAGAACUAGGAAAUACUGAGCCGUUUUUUUCCUUUAAAAAGCAAAACAACAAAAGCCCCCACGUUGUCCACCUCCAACCUAAUCGUAUAGCCUGAGUCUUAACGUGAGCCCUGCAAAAUUGCUCCAAACUUUAUCGGUGUAUUAAUUCUUUUUUCUUCACCCACCACCUUUUUUUUUCUGUGAAUGGAUUUACAUUCCGCUUUGUUUUGAAGUUUGAUCGAGGAAAGCCUACAAGAUUCCCCCUUUUGGAGCCUCAGAAAACGCCCACAGGACUGUGAGACACCGCUCGUGGAUUUUAUUGCUUAAAAACUUUGUGUGUUUUCUUUUUAAAUAAGCUACCAAUCCUAAGCAAUAUGUUUGGUUCUCAUCAUUGUGUUUACUUGAUUUCUAUUUCCUCUGAACUCGACUGUUUCUUCUUCGCUUUUUUUCUAUGCUCGACCUGUUGGAUUGUAUGGUGCCAGGGUUUCAGUGGUUUGUGCUUUGUCUGAAAGAGGAAAGGGGGUAAAGAAAAAGAAAAAGAAAAGAAAAGAAAGAAAUCACAGCAUUCUUUGGGAUGAGGCUACUCUUGAUCUAGCUGGAGCUGAGAGCAAGUUUGACUUGGUGAAUCAGAAAAAAAAAAAAAAAAAAAAAAAUCAGGGUCCCAUUCUGUGCCACUUGGUGCAUUUUGUAUAUCAAAGCUGUGUUUUCUUUCCUGCCUGUCACUCUGACCAGCUUGGCCACACUUGGCCCAUGUGUCCAAGUGUUCAGAGAAUUAUUUAAAAAAAUGGGUUUAUUAAUGUCUAUCUAUAGCCUACACGCUCACACUCAAGCCUUUAUUAGAUUUGACAGGAAUUUAUUCCUGGUGGUGGUGGUGUGGGUUUUUUUUUUUUUUUUUUUUGAGAGUGCUUGUGUGAUCUGGUUUUCAGUCUUGUUUUUAUUUCUGCGGAGUAUUUCCUGGUUUUUGCAAAUGUGUGUGUGUGUGUGUGUGUGUGACUGUGCACAGACACAGGCCCAGACACAACACAGGCCUUAUGUACAGACAGACAAUCAAAAAAAGAAAGAAAAAAAGAGAGAGAGAAAGAAUAAGGCUCAGACCUUCAUAAGCACGUUAGGUCCCACGACAGACUAGAUUCACGUCCCCUUCAGGGUCCUCUCUGGCCUCUCUGCACGUCUUGUGCUCGUGCCAUGAAUGAGUCUGUGUUUGCGUUCAGGGCACGAACGCAAAGUCAGGAAAACGUACAAUAAAAAACACACACACACAGGCAGUAAUGACAAUGUGGGAUAUGGGCUGUGAAUCAGGGAGUCACCGUGGGUGGUGGUGGUGGGUGGUGGGGGGAACAGCACCAAAACAGCGUGAAACACCUUCCAGCUACACUGGCUACUCAGAAACAAUGCGACAAAGCACAAGUGAUAGGCUUAAAUGCAUUGCACUUUGAUACUGUUGGGGGUCUUGUUUCAGCUUUAGGUUUUUCUGACUAGCCUGCGAAAUGAUGUCGGAGAGAUGCUGAUAGGGGGAAAAAACAAAAGAUUCAGACUGUUACAUUUGGAUGUAGACAAAAAAAAAGGCCAAUUCAUUUUUUCCUGGCUCUUUAGGUAUGUAUAGUUAGGAUUCACCCACGUUUCUAGCCAUGCCAUGAUGGCUUUCUGGUUUCCUAUGAUUUAAUAAUAUGCUAAUUUCCGUGAAGCCACUGUUGUUCAAUGUUCUAUUUUUAGCUGGUCUCGAUCUGAGCUGGAAAAGGGUCAUUUAUUUCCAAUUAUUGGCUGAGACACCCGAAAUCCAAUCAGCUUUAAAAAAAUGCUGUCCUGUCAAAUGCAUCUCACAUUACAUGACUUUAAUGUAGCCUUUGAACAUGGCCGCUCAGUGAAUGUAGUACCAUUUACCCUCAGUUGUAGCUCCUCCGACUUCAUUGUCCACACUUUAAACAAGAAGAGGGUGAAGCUGCACCUACAUAUAGGUGUUUGAGGUAAAUGUGUAGAGGUGUGUGUGUGUGUGUGUGUGUGUGUGUGUGUUUUAAAAUGGCAGUGCAGGACGCGCUCUGCUAAUUGGCAGGCUUUUUUUUUCUGUCGGCGACAAAGAGAGGCCCCCAGCUUAUGGCGAGCCAGAUCACAACAAACCCAAAGCCCGUGAAUGAUGUCAGCCUCCUCGCAAGCAAGCACAGCAAAAGGGUGCAUUCAUUCAGAGGAUUGUAGAAACUAUUUAAUGGGUGAUUGUAAAAAAAAAUAUGUACAAAAAGCGAGUUUCACUCUGCCUAAAUCAGCGUGGAUACAUAUGGUAGAUGUUUAGCCAUGUUUAUUAAAGCACCACUCUGCAGCCAUGAAGCCCCCAAACUCACCAUGGGCCUUAUAUCCGAGGCUGGAGCAACAAUUCAAACUUGAACUUACAUCCUCGAGCCUGUAAACCCCCGGCUAUUUUCUUGAAGCUAUGAUGACACAAAGCUGGUGUAUGAGCAGGCUAUAGCAGUAGAGGGGGUGGAGAAGAGGGGGGGUGCUAAUAAAAAAGGAGGGGAUGUGGGUAGGGGGGUCCGCUGUGUUGCAAGAGCGAAGCUUUCAACCUUUAAUCCGCAUGUCAAAAGCAUAGGCUGCACAGGCAUAGUAGGAAGAAGAAGGAGAGGAAUAGCCUGUGCCCAGAGAGAGAGAGAGAGAAAGAGAGAGCCUGUGUGUGUGUGUGCACGCGGGCCCCCCUCCUGAACCGAACACCAGCCCCUAUUCUCACGCGGCGCCCUCAGUGCGCGGCCGAAGGGACGGAGAGGGUGGUAAUGGCCUGUUGGGGAGGGCCCUUUUCCACCAUUAAGACAAAUAGCUCUCUGACAGUGACGCUAUCAAUGUAAACAAUUGCAUCGCGCAAGCGGCGAGAGGCUUGCGAGCACCCCCCCCUCCCCUCUCUCUCUCUCUCUCUCCCCCACUCCCCACUUUUCCUCCACCCUUCCUCUUCCCCCCACUCCCCUGCCCUCCUCAUUCACUCAUUUACUUCGCUUUUUUGAUACAAUACUUGAGGUCAGGUUUUUGACAUGGAAUUUGAAGUCACUGGUUGUUUAUAUGAGACUGAAUAUUUAUUUUUGUGAAUUUUCUGGGGUUUCUUGUACAUUGAUUUUUUUGUGAAUAUAUAUAUAGUACAGCUGCACUCGAAAUGGAAACUUGAAACGGUGGAUUUCUGAAGCACUUUCCCUUUCUUUUUUUAAUUAUGAAGCAUUCAUUAAACGCGACUGAGUGUAA